AUGUCUGCACCACCAUGCCUUACACCCGACCAAGUGGCCGCUUACGAGGCUGUGACUGGUUUGGAUAUUGCAUCGAUCGGCCUGCCACCAUCCCCGGCCUCGCUGCAGGCACUCGUCACCGCACAUACCGAUGCCUUUGCCUGGGGCGACCUCUCGAACUGGAUCGCCGGUGAGGAGCCGACCAUCUCGCACGAUGUUAUCUUUGACAAGCUUGUCCGGCUGCGGCGCGAUGGCUGGUGCCUCGAGCAGAACUCGCUGAUGCAUCGGGUCCUCGUCACCAUCGGCGUGCAGUGCUGGAUGGUCCGCGCCCGCGUCAACGUUCGCCAUCACAAGCCGUUGCCCGGAUCUGAGCUCGUCUGGGGCGACCGUGACUCGCACGUUGCCCUGAUUGUCGAUGCCGGGCCCGAGCACGGGGUGUGGCUUCUCGAUGCGGGAUUUGGAACGGUUAUUACUGCCCCAGUCGCGCUCGGAUCCUUGCUCGGUCGCCUCGUGGUCGGCCACCUCGAGGCCGGCGGCACGGACUGGGACGAUGCCCUGGGCCAAGUCGAGCCUGUCCGCGCUGCAGUCCGCCCAGCCUCGGCGUAUGCAUCACCCGGGAGUGCAUUGGCUGGGCUCGACAACGGCUCGGCGCUCGGCCCGCUCACAGCCGGCGAUGCAGCCACCUACGCGGUGGCCAUCGGCGCGUACGCCGGCGUCGGGUCCGCUGAUGCUGAUGACGCUUCGGAUGCAGUCGGUAUGGCACUUCUUGUCGUCGCCGAUGAUGCUUCGAGUGACGAUCCCUCUCUGGUGCCGGGGUACGUCUUCCGUCCGAUCCCGGUCGAGCUGGGCGAGUUUGCCGACCUCAACCAGUGGCUCAUGACCGAAUCCAUCUUCUCGCGCAUGCUUGUUGUCCGCCAGCGACGCAGCACCGAUCCAGGCAUCGAGCACACAGUGAAGGUCUCAACUGACGGGCAAGCUGUUGUUGUGAUCACUGCCAACUCGAAGAGCCCUGGUCGUGCCCACGACGUCGAGACCGUAGUCCGCGAGGCCGGAGAUGGUGACGACAAGGCUAGUUUCGUCGUCAGCGCGCUCACCGACAUCUUUGGCAUGACCGACCUCAUCCCUGCGGCACUGAUCUUGCCCUGCGAGGCGAGCAAGUGAGACAUUUACGAUGCGACAUUGUCACCGUUUGUGUGGCCGUCCGCUGUCGUCGUCGACCUGCGACGAGCCCG